GAAACAUCCGAUCCAAAUUGGUCUGCGUUUAAUCGAGGCCCCUGUAAUGUGCGUCAGUCCGGUGAACGAACAAAGCGCAGUUUGGCAAAACCUUAUGUAGAACCCCUACCAUCAGAGCACAUAAAUCUGGCUCCAGACUCAAUGUUACAGGAUUGGAUUGUGGGUGACCAGCCACAAUAUUCCGGAACAAGUGAGGGUGGAAAUGAUGACACGGCAACCGAUAUCCAAGAUCAUCCGGAAUUUUAUCCCGGUUUAACCGAUUACAAUGAUUUGGAUUUGGAUAGCAUUCAGUGCCCCGGUUGUCGAGAGGCCAUACUGAAUGAGUUGCGACAACAGAAACAAAUAACGCAACGUCAUUUGGCACGUCAACAGCUCAUCAAGAAGUCCCACUCGUCGAAGUAUGCCCAACAAUAUCAGCCAAGUCAUUCGCAACCUCAAACCCAGUCUCAUCGACAAAUGCAUCGCAGAACCCGAUCACAUCAGCGAAGUGCUGGCGGAUCCUCGAGCUUUGAAGGUGUACUGGACUCCUCAACCGACAGACCACAAAUAAUGGAACAUCGGCAUUCGGACUAUUUGGCAGUUUCUAAACCUACCACCUCAACUCGCGAUACUUCCGCACCGAAGGCGAUAUUUUAUUGCCCGGAACUGGAAAUUCCUGCACAACCUCGACACCCAGAUUCCAGAGUUGUCCUGGAAACUACCAGACCCAAUUCCACCAUGUUCACACGACAUUCCAAAUCGGAUAGUCGGCUCAAUUUGUCAUGUACCACUGUGGCAGAAAUGAAUCGAUCAAAUGAAGGUGUUAUCCUCCGUCCAUCCCCAUGUACAGCCGUGUCCGCGACCGCUGCUCAAACCAGCUCUAUGUAUAAUGCAACAACACCCACGAAGCUAAUGGUUGUCGACGAAGGCAAACUGUAUACUCGUGGUUCAGCACCACGUCCUCAUCAUUCGCUUCAUCCACAUCCUCAUCCGACGGAAUUGAGAUCCGGCUCGCAUGCUGUGCACAAACGUCAUUCGGGACCGAGUUCAGCAGACGGUACCGCCCGUGAUCAUCCCGGUUCACAUGGAGGCCCCGUGGGAGUUGAUCGAUCAGCUGCCGGCCCUGGUCGACCAGUGACCAACGCGGGUGACUUUCUUUCUCCGGAAGUAAAUGACGUCCUAGUCGAGGGCUUGUCGUGCAGUGAAGUCGUUGGCUUGAUCAGCCAGUCAGAAAAGUACCUGGAUCUACUCAUUCAAAGGCGAAUUGCUCGGGCAAGGCAACAAACGCGUGAGAUAACUGGACAUGGUGGUCGUCCCGGUUCUCAAGGCGUUGUUGGUAGUGCUGCUNAGUGCUGCUGGCUCGUCUAA